AUGACUGACGCUGAUUCUAGCAAUCUAAAGCUAGGAAGAGAGAUCAUCAUACCUGUUCAAUGCUCCUGCGCUCUUACGUUCUCUGAAGCUAUUUUCAUGUACCAUUUUUCAAGCACAGAUUCUUUUGCUUCAGUUGCUUGUGGAGUUUUCCAAGGGCUGUUGAAAGCGCAAAGUCUCAAAGAGGAUAAUCCUGACGUUAAACGUAAUGAUCCUGGUGACUUUAUGAUCAAGGUACCCAUUCGAUGUGCUUGUACCAAUGCAAAUCAAAGAAGAAAUGGGUUUAAAUAUCUUGUAACAUAUCCUGUGAUAAAGAAUGACAAUACAGAUUUAAUUGCUCGCAAAUUUGGAGUACCUGAAGAAACGAUCUGGGAUGCCAAUAAGUUGGGACCAUUUUCAACCAUUUUCCCUCAAACAACACUAUUUAUUCCCACAAAGGAUGUUCCAGUAGUGAAAUGGGAUGUUCCUGAAGAUUUACCCUCUAGUCCUAGAGUAGCGACUCCCAUUGUGAAAAUCCAACCAAGUAAGAAAUCAAAGCACUUGAUUUCAUAUAUAUUUCUUGGACUUGGUCUUCUAGUAGUGAUUAUUCUGCUGAUUGCAGCUAUCUUUGCUUUUAGAAGCAUUAGGAAAAGGAGUCAUCCUACGAGUUUUCAGCUUUUAUCUGCUAGAAGUUCAGUGUCAUCAAAUGUCUCACCUGAUUUUCUUGAUAGAAUGUCCAAGUUAAAGCCGUCACUAACAAAUUUUACGUUGGAGGAGCUUAGGAAUGCAACAGAGGAUUUUAAUGAGGGAUCUAUGACUGGUAAAGCUGUGUAUAAGGGGCAAAUUGGUGGUUCCUAUGUGGCAAUUGAACAGAUGAACACUGAGGAAGCGGCUCGCCAUGUCAUUUACAUAUUGACAAAGAUUAGUCAUUUGAACAUAGUGAAGCUUGAAGGAUGCUGCUAUGGCACUAAUCCUUAUCUCGUGUUCGAGUUUGCAGAAUAUGGUAGCUUGAGGGACUGCUUGUCUAAUGCAAAUGUUGCGAGGCAGCUUACAUGGGCAAAAAGAACUCAGAUUGCUUUUGAUCUUGCAGUGGGCCUCCAUUACAUACAUUACUGCACAAAGCCAUCUUUUAUCCAUCAUAACAUACACAGUAGAAACGUGCUUAUAACCACGGAUUGCAGGGCAAAAAUUACUGGAUUUACAUUGGCAAAACCAGUGAAUUCCAGUGAAGAAAAUGGAGAAAUUAGCUGGAAUGAAUCUGUAAUUGUGGGUAGAAAGGGGUACCUGGCACCUGAAUACCUUACUUACGGUCUGGCUUCCCUCAAGUUGGAUGUAUUUGCAUUUGGAGUUGUUUUGCUUGAAUUGUUAUCCGCUAAGGAGGCUGCUGCAGAUGGAUUAUUUUUGAAGAAUCCCGUAAUUUCUUUUGAAGACGCAGGGCAUGAAUGUUCUUUAGGGUACUUGGAAAAGUUGAAGGAAUUCAUGGAUCCCGUUCUGGAGGGGAAGUAUCCAUUGGUUGAUGCCAUGUGUUUGGCAUUCUUGGCCAAGGCUUGUGUUGAGCAGGAUCCUCAUCACAGACCCACCAUGGAUAAGUUAUAA